AAAAACACUUUUGCACAGAUCUCUGUACCUCUUCAGUUAUUUGAAGUACUUGCUUAGGAAGACAAGAGUUCUUGAUGCUAUUUUUAAUAAAACAUUUCUCUUUGUUCUUUUUUGCAGAAUGUUUGGGAAAAGACAUUUGGCCAGAACAAGAAAUGAAAAUCGCCCUUUGUUAGACAGGGAAAAGGAACUGGAGGCCUUCAGAUCGGCACAGCAGUCAUGUUUGCAACAGAAGAAGGGUCAGGCAGUUCUGUAUGAAGGUGGAAAAGGCUAUGGAAAAAGCCAGCUUUUAGCUGAAAUAAACUUCUUGGCCCAGAAAAAAGGGGAAAGGGUGUUGCCAUUGAAACUGAAGGAAGCAGAUUCCCAGCAGUGCUUCUAUGUUAUCCAGACCCUCAUGGCCAUCUUCUUUGAGAUUGAUACAUGCCCAGCCUAUUAUCGGCAAGAGUGCCUGCACAGACAGCUCCAUGGAAUGGUGGAUGAACCACUUCAUUGCCUUUUUAAUGACCUCUUCUUUGUGAAGUUUCCAUUGUCCUUCAAAGUUUCACACAUGGAUGACCUGGCCAGACAAAAAAAGGUUAAAGAGUGUUUUAUUGAAGUGCUUCAGGAGAGAGGUACUGGCAUGAACACAUGGAUGAACACAGUGAAGUAA